GCUCUGCUUCACCACCCUUCACUGUACCUUGCUCAUUCACUCACCACCACCUAGCUCUAGCUGCUACCCCGCGGAUUCGUUCAACCCGAAAGCGGUUUCUCAAUCAGUAGCUGCUGCCGAAUCCAGCUCGUACCAACAGAGGCAAGGCAAUCCGUUCGGUUUCGUGCCAAUCCGAGCAAAAAGUUGGGCAAUCUUUUACCGAAUUUGGGCAUUCAGUUCAUUCAUUCUUCAAGUCAAACUUAGCAGCUCCGCUGGCAGCCCGGAUUCUUGGUUCGGCUCUCACGUGCUGCUUCCUCUCCGAUCCGGCGCCGACCGCCUCCACCUCCCCCUCCCUCGAUCCGCAUUAACUACUCCUGCUCCCGCCUCCUCGUCAAUGCGGUGGAGGCGCCAGAGCUAGCUAGCUAGCGAGCUGCAGAUCGAUCGCGGCACGAGCAGAAGGAGGAGGGGCGCGGUGGUGGCAGAGGCGGAUGGAGGAUGAGGGGAGGUCACUGGCGGAGACGCCGACGUGGUCGGUGGCAACGGUCACCACGCUCAUGGUCGCCGCGUGCUUCCUCCUCGAGCGAGCGCUGUCACGCCUAGCCAAGUGGCUGCGGAAGACGAAGCGGAAGGCCAUGCUCGCCGCGCUCGAGAAGAUCCGCGAAGAGAUGAUGCUGCUCGGCGUGAUCUCGCUGCUGCUGAGCCAGACGGCCAGGUGGAUAUCGGAGAUCUGCGUGCCAUCCACGCUCUUCACCAAGAGAUUCUACAUGUGCACGGAGAGCGAUUUCGGUGACCUUUUGCAACAAGGGGACAACACCGCGAACCACACCCACAUUGGUAGAAUCCUAUCCGGCAGCCCAUCGGCUGAUACUUGCAGUGAGGGCCAUGAACCUUUUGUUUCCUAUGAGGGUCUUGAGCAGCUGCAUCGUUUUCUGUUUAUUCUUGGGUUCACUCAUGUGCUCUACAGUUUUGUGACAGUGGUUCUGUCAAUGAUUAAGAUAUAUAGCUGGAGGAAGUGGGAAACCCAAGCAUGUACACUCUCCAGGGAGCAGUUGCAACCUAAGAGAAAGAUUAUGCGGAGGCAAUCGACCUUUGUCUUUCAUCAUGCAUCUCACCCAUGGAGCAAAAGUAAAAUACUUCUAUGGAUGCUGUGCUUUCUGCGUCAGUUCAAGGGUUCUAUUAAAAAAUCAGAUUAUAUGGCAUUAAGAUUGGGCUUUAUUACAUAUCAUAAGUUGCCGACUUCAUACGACUUCCACAAAUACAUGGUACGGAGCAUGGAAGAUGAUUACAAUGGAAGUGUUGGUAUCAGUUGGCCACUUUGGGCGUAUGCCAUAAUAUGCAUAUUUGUCAAUGUUCAUGGUCUUAAUAUAUAUUUCUGGCUAUCAUUUGCCCCUGUUAUUCUCGUCCUGCUUGUGGGCACUGAGCUGCAGCAUGUUGUCGCUCAGUUGGCGCUGGAGGUAGUUGAGGCAACAGCCACAAAUGUUGGGACACAACUGAAACUGCGCGAUGAUCUGUUCUGGUUUGGAAAACCUCGGGUCCUGUGGUGGCUUAUACAAUUCAUAUCAUUUCAGAAUGCAUUUGAGAUGGCAACAUUCUUAUGGUUUCUGUGGGAACUGAGUGCGAAUUCUUGCUUCAUGAAGAACCAGUACAUGGUUGUUGUUCGCUUGGUUUCUGGGCUGCUAGUUCAGGUUUGGUGCAGCUACAGCACGCUGCCCCUUAACGUGAUUAUUUCCCAGAUGGGAUCCAAGUUCAAGAAGUCACUAGUCUCCGAGGGCGUCAGGGACUCCCUGCACAGCUGGUGCAAGAGGAUCAAAGACAGGAGGCACAACCCGCUAUUCUCUCGGAACGGGACGCUCACGUCGAGGUCGGUCUGCUCCCUCGACACGACCAUCUACGAGGAGACCGACCACGAGACCAACACAGUGUGCACGCUGUCGAGGACCGUCUCGGCGUCGUCCCUGGACGAGGAGCUGACCGUUGUCACUGUCGACGACGAUGACAUCGCUCACAUCGAGCAAGAUACUAGUCUGCAUCAUUAGCUGUUCCGGUGAGCCCCGUUCACCGCCGAGCUAAGCAUGAGCAGCUAGGCUAGAACGGAGAGUGCCCAUUCCUGCCUAUGCUCUGUAGUAACUGCACACGAUAACCUGCCGAUUACACGGUAUAUAUAUGUAUCAAGUGAUUGCUCCUCAUGGCAACCAUGGAAUUACUCUGUGCAAAUUGAAAAAAAUCUCAGUGGGACGCUUCAUUUGUUCA